GGCUGCACAGGCAGAUUGUGCUCCCUGAAGGCCGUGCUCCCUGAAAGACUCAGAGCAGCUCAGCCAGCAUGUCCAGAGUAUGAAGCAUGAAGUACAUUUAUUCUGCAAAAAUGAUAAGUAAAUUGGGAUAUUCACAUUGUACAGAAACAGAGGUUAUUGAAUCUCUGGGAAUUGUUAUUUAUAAAGCACUGGACUAUGGUUUGAAGGAAAAUGAAGAAAGGGAGUUAAGCCCCCCACUGGAGCAGCUAAUUGAUCACAUGGCCAAUACAGUAGAAGCUGAUGGGAGCAAUGAUGAAGGCUAUGGGGCUGCCGAUGAAGGUCUGGAAGAUGAAGAAGAUGAAAAGAGAAAAGUCUCAGCCAUCCAAUCAUACAGAGAUGUCAUGAAGUUAUGUGCUGCUCAUCUUCCAACUGAAUCAGAGGCACCAAAUCAUUAUCAGGCAGUAUGUCGUGCACUGUUUGCAGAAACAAUGGAGCUGCAUACAUUUCUGACUAAGAUUAAGAGUGCAAAGGAGAAUCUUAAGAAGAUUCAAGAAAUGGAAAAGACUGAUGAAUCUAACACAGAUCUGGAAGAGCUGAAAAAUGCUGACUGGGCUCGAUUCUGGGUACAGGUGAUGAGGGAUUUGCGGAAUGGAGUAAAACUCAAGAAGGUCCAAGAGCGGCAGUACAAUCCUUUGCCCAUCGAAUAUCAACUCACCCCUUAUGAGAUGCUGAUGGAUGACAUUCGAUCCAAAAGAUACACUUUGCGCAAAGUAAUGGUCAAUGGUGAUAUUCCCCCUCGGUUAAAAAAAAGUGCUCACGAAAUCAUCCUGGACUUCAUCAGAUCAAGACCCCCUUUAAAGCCGGUUGCAGCCAGAAAACUGAAACCCACUCCACCACGACCACGGAGCCUCCAUGAAAGAAUAUUAGAAGAAAUCAAAGCAGAAAGAAAGCUACGGCCUGUCUCACCAGAGGAGAUUAGACGCAGCAGAUUAGCAAUGCGGCCACUUAGCAUGUCUUACAGUUUUGACUUGUCAGAUGUAAAUACUCCUGAAUCUCCAAAGAACACUGUGGAAUCUUCAAUGGUGAAUGGAGGUUUCCCAUCACAAACAAAAGAAAAUGGAUUGAGUGCUGCACAGCAGGUGCCUGUGCAGCGGAAGAAGCUCCUCAAAGCUCCAACUCUGGCUGAACUGGACAGCUCUGACUCCGAGGAAGAAACUCUGCACAAGUCUACCAGCAGCAGCAGUGUAUCUCCCUCCUUCCUUGAAGAUCCCUUAGCAGAGGCUGUGUCCACAAGGAAGAAGCCUCCAAAAUUCUUGCCCAUAUCAUCAACACCCCAGCCAGAGAGACGACAGCCACCCCAGAGACGACAUUCCAUUGAAAAGGAAACACCCACUAAUGUAAGACAGUUUCUGCCACCGUCCAAGCAGAGCUCCCGAUCUCUUGUUCCUAGGAUAACCAGUGUUUGGCCAAGGACGCCUUUCCGACCACUUUUUUCUACCAUACAAACAGCUUCUCUGCUCAGCUCUCAUCCUUUUGAAGCAGCCAUGUUUGGGGUAGCAGGGGCUAUGUAUUAUCUAUGUGAGAGAGCUUUUACCAGCAGGUGGAAAUCCUCAAAGGAGGAAUUUUGCUAUCCAGUGGAAUGCCUAGCUCUUACUGUGGAGGAAGUGAUGCAUAUUCGUCAGGUCCUGGUGAAGGCAGAACUGGAAAAGUACCAACAGUAUAAAGAUGUCUACACCGCCUUGAAAAAAGGAAAGCUCUGCUUUUGUUGCCGAACCAGAAGAUUUUCCUUCUUCACCUGGUCUUAUACCUGUCAGUUCUGUAAGAGUCACAUCUAUGGUACCAUGCUGAGUAACACUUCUGAUUUUGUAUACAGGCCGGUGUGUUCACAGUGUUGCAAAAAGAUGCGGCUGCCCUCCAAACCAUACUCCACUCUUCCCAUCUUUUCAUUGGGACCUUCUGCCUUGCAAAGAGGGGAAAGUUGUAUGAGGGCAGAAAAGCCCACCACUGGCCACCAUCGGCCACUCCGGAGCAUUGCCAGGUUCUCCUCAAAAUCUAAAUCUGUAGACAAAUCAGAUGAAGAACUACAGUUUCCCAAAGAGCUGAUGGAGGACUGGAGUACUAUGGAGGUGUGUGUAGACUGCAAAAAGUUUAUUUCGGAAAUCAUCAGUUCAAGCCGGCGCAGCCUGGUGUUGGCCAACAAAAGAGCCCGAUUAAAAAGGAAAACACAGUCUUUCUAUAUGUCCUCACCAGGCCCCUCGGAAUACUGCCCUUCAGAGAGGACUAUCAAUGAAAUCUGAGCCUGUGCCUUUCAGUUGCUUUGUGUUCAGAGUCGGCACUAGUAUAGGAGAACACUGAGCUGGGCUGGCUCUCCUUGCCGUGGUCUUAGUUACUAGGCUUGAAUUCGCAUUAGAUCAGGUUUUUGCUGCAUCACGUUGUUCCACAGACUGAAUGCUGUGUUCAUAUCGAUUGAUGAUACGUGACAGGUCAGCCAAUUGCUCAUUUGCACCAAGAGAGAACAAUAGUUUGAAACUUGCUUUUGUGUGUGUGUGGAUUUGGAAGCCAGAGACUUUUUCCUUAGUUCAGUUCCCUACUGUUCCUCAGAGAAUUUCCUGACUAAGGCAAAAAGCUUCUCAUGUGAGAAAUCAGCCUCACAAAGCUGUCGAUGUUAGCACAGUUCUAAGCAGUAAGUCAUAUUGGCACUUCCACCUGACAGUGUUCCUAUCUAAUGUACAUAGUGACCGGGCCCUGCCACACACCAGACACCUGGAGUCAGGGACCGGCUGUGUAUCAUGUCACGAUACAAAACCCAGAAGGAUUUGCUUAUACUAUCAAACUGAUUUUAAAUUAUUGUUGCUCGGAGACAAAAAGACUACAGGAGGGACUUCAUUCCUGCGUUCUAGUGCAAAACAUCUGGAUAAGCUGUACACCCAAAUGGGUGACCAUUUCCUCUGAGCUGCUGUGUUUGCCCUGGUGCAAUGGAUCAGUGUCUCCUGAGUGGGUGACAGGUCUUCAUUCCCUAUCUUGAAUGUAUUAUGGUUACUUGUAGUUUUGUAAAAGAGGUCUCAGAAUAAAGUUUUGUGGGAGUUUCAGGACAAAGGAAGGCUAAAAGUUUGUCAAGAAGUUGAGUGUAUUUUGGUUAACUUUGAAAACGAUUGUGACAGCAUUGGGGUGCCAGCUGCCACACUACAGGGAAUGAGCUGGAGCUCAUCCAUCUUCAGCUACAUUUUUCAUAACUUUAUAGUCUUAGCCAUCACAACUAAAUUAAGCCACAAUUUGGUACCUGAGGUCUCAAACUGAAAUUUAUUUAUUUUUCUAAAUGAAUUUUAAGGGAAAAAACAUUGUCUAGUUCUUUUAAAAUUACAAGAAAAUUAACCUGCUAAUAGACUUUUUGGACGCUUUUUGCACAAGUUUUCCUUGUAAAUGACUGGAGUGUGUAAGGUGGGUUUUUGAUGAAGGUAGGUUGGAAGGUAGCACUGUUUACCUGAAAUUUCUCAGCCUGUCUGUCCCGUACUAGGAGCUGUACUUUAUUUUUAGUAUGCUUUGUUGGCAAAUUGAAUUUAAAUAAAAAAUAAAUUACAAAUAAAUACAUAAAUUUUUUAAUUAAAAAAAUGACCAACCGAUCAAAUUGCCAUGGAUGUUUAGAAAAUCAGUUAAUGCACAUGCACAAUAAUUUCCUAAAAGCUAUAGGACACAUCUGUAGUCAGCACUGCAACAGCACCAUUAAAGGCAUGGCAGUCACAUUUCAUACCACAUCAAAGUAUAGUAGCAUUUCUAUGUUAGAUUAACAGUAAUACCUCAGAACUGCUCUGGUAGUAGUUUGUAAUGGAUUGAAAUGUACACUUUAGUAAAUGGCUUAAAAUUACUUAUGAAAUAAACUUUACCAAUUGACUAAAAUAAUGCAUGUUAACAGUUCCUCUGUAUUUGCAUGUAAAAAGUGGGCCACCAAAGAACCUUACUGAUUUUGCAAAUGUUUAAAUUACUGUAAAGACUCUUGUAUUAGAGGUUUAAACAUUUUAUUGGGUGAAUCUCAUUUAUAAAAUUUUCCAAGGGAUUAUUUGGACUCUAUACCCUUGAUGGUUCGGUGGAAGCCACACCCUCUGAGGGCCCCAGGUUUGGGCCUCUGUAUGACUACUGGGAAACAAUGGUAUUUGUGUAUGUAUAUAGACAUGACACACAGUAAUGUGCUUUUUAAAAUAAUGAUGAGUUUACUGCUGUUACUAAGACAUAGGAAACUAAGCCCCUGAAAUGAGAAUUUCAUUCACAUUUACAAGGCAGAUACCUAGCCCAUCUCAGUUUUUGCUUCACUCCUUCAGGUUUAUGAUGCUCUUGGCUGAUUUGGGCAUUAUGAUCACUCUUCCCAGAGUGUUAGAAUGUGAAUCCUUCAGUGGCAUUAAUGAGGUUUGUCAAGUGGUUGGUGCAUCUACAUGAGACAGUUCGCAGUAUGAGAAGACGACACAUAACACAGUUAAAAGUGUAGAAAUUGAAUUAGCAUCACUUUUUAUUGCCAAAACAAUUUCUUGACAGUUUCUCCCAUAUCCAUGACAUGAACCCAGUACCUCAAUUAAAUUAAGUAAUUCCCAGAGAGAAAUUCACUAACAGCUAGUGCAGAAUGGUUUGACCCCUGUUAACCUAGUGUUACCUUAGUCCUCUUUCUCGUCUUAACUACUAAAAGAACAUACCUUCACAGUAUUCCUUUUUUCUUGGUUUCUGGCAUUUGCACCUGAUCCAACAUCACCAAAUCGUUGGCUAGCUGAUCGGAAGGACAUGUGUCUGAGAGCUUGUGUGUACACCCGAGCAGCCUUUGGCACAUCCUCUAGCACCUGUUCCGUUUGUCCCAGACCUCACAAGCCCACCCUGCUGGGAGAUCAUUCCUUCCCCACGGCUUAACUUUCUACCAGUGUCAGAGUAGAUAAGAAUAAUUGUAAAUACUGUAAUAUAUUUAUUAAUAUUUGAAAGGCAUUCAUUCAGCAGACAAUGGGAAUUAACUCUUCAGGGACAAGUGAAAUGGAAAUAAUUGCUAUGUACAUUGACAUAACAGUCUUACUAGAUUUCAAGUCUUAAACCUCUCAAAACAGGAGUUUGUCAUGUAGAAGCUUUAAAAAUGAUCUUUCAUUUGAAGACAUGAUAUGAUUAGCACUGGACACUCAUACCAUGAAUUUUUAAGGCUUUUAUUUUUCUAACUGUAUUAAUAAAUACAGGAUUGGAUUUUAGGAGUCAAAUAGGAGACAUGAAAGUUUUAAAUUAUGUUGCUAUUUGCUAAAGCAAAACGGCAGAAAAUUUUGUUUAUGCAAAACUGUUCGAAGGGCCAUGGAGAAAUGUGUACACUGACUGGACCUGGCUUCCUGUGUGUAUGAAAGUCAGGGUAUUGCUGGCAUUCAGGGUGACAUGACAGUACUAAACGUUUUCCAUUCAAGUCUUUUAAAAUUUAGGGAAAAAUAAAAUGGCUUUCCAUCGUAA